UCAUUGAUUGAUGUCGGAUGAUUGAUCACCUCUUUUAGAGCCUUUUUUCAAAAGAUCUUCUUUUAUCUUCUCAGUAAAACAGUAUUAGCUGGCCCCGUAUCAAUCCCUCCAUUUUAAAACCUGCUCCAAUGGACAGAGAGCCAGUACCAAAGAAGCCUCGUGUAGGAGAAGAGGAGAGCAAUGGGCUCCAUUCACCAGUGACCCUGUGUCACACUGCUCCCUCUAAUGAGCUCUGGUACCAGGAGAGUCUAAAGGCGCCAGAAGCAUUCUGGGACCAGCUGGCUAAGGAGAGGCUGGAGUGGAUCAAGCCUUACGAUAAAGUGAUGGACGUUGAUAUGAACUCUGGGGACAUUAAAUGGUUCAUUAAUGGAGUUUUAAAUGUCACAGUUAAUUGUUUGGACCGACAUGCCAGAGAUAAUCCAGAUAGGGUUGCUGUACUUUGGGAAAAAGAUGAACCAAAACAACACGAGCCUGUCACUUACAAACAAUUGCUAGACAUGACGUGUCAGGUUGCUAAUGUUUUAAAGUCCCAGGGUAUCAGGAAAGGAGAUCGUGUGGUCCUAUACCUCCCAAUGAUUCCUCUAGCUAUCGCUAUCAUAUUAGCCUGUGCUAGGAUAGGAGCCAUUCACAGUAUUGUUUUUGCUGGUUUUAGUGCUGAGGCUUUAAGCAGUCGGAUUAACGAUGCAACAGCGGAGACAGUGAUAACAGCUGAUGAAGGAGUAAGAGGAGGUAAGACCAUACCACUCAAAGAGACAGUGGAUACUGCCCUGAAGGAGAGUCCUUGCGUGAAGAGGGUACUAGUGGCCACUCGUACUGGAGCAGCUGUGCCAAUGGCAGCUGGUAGGGACCAUAAACUGGAGGAGCUUAUGAAAGAGGAGUCUACAGAGUGUCCUCCUGAACCAAUGGACAGUGAGGAUCCAUUGUUCAUGCUAUAUACCUCAGGGAGUACUGGGAAACCUAAGGGGAUCCUUCACACUCAAGCUGGAUAUAUACUCUAUACUGGACUAACACAACAAUAUGUGUUUGAUUGUAGACCAGGAGAUGUGUUUGCCUGUGUCGCUGACAUUGGUUGGAUCACCGGCCACUCGUACGUCAUAUACGGACCAUUGUCCAACGGAGUAACCACCGUACUGUUUGAAAGUACACCUGUCUAUCCUGAUCCAGGUCGUUAUUGGGAGAUGACGGAGAGGUUAAAGGUGACACAGAUAUACACCUCACCCACUGCACUGAGGAUGCUACUGAAAUCAACCAAUGAAUAUGUAACUAAAUAUGACAGGUCCUCGUUAAGAAUACUGGGCUGUGUUGGUGAGCCAUUAAAUGACAAAGCAUGGCAGUGGUACUACACUGUGGUAGGAGAGGGGAGGUGUACUGUAGUGGAUACCUGGUGGCAGACAGAGACUGGUGGUAUAAUGAUAACGCCACGCCCAUCAGCCAAUGACUCCACUCCUAAACCAGGAUACCCCAUGAACCCGUUCUUUGGGAUUGAACCAGUUCUAGUUGAUGAUAAAGGGGAGGUGAUUACAGGUAAUGAUGUCACUGGUAACCUGUGUAUCAGGAAACCCUGGCCCUCUAUGGCAAGAACCAUCUACGGGAACCAUGAAAAGUUUUUAGAAACCUAUUACCGCCCAUACCCUGGUUAUUAUUUCACUGGUGAUGGAGCCUACAGAGAUAAAGAUGGCCACUAUAAGAUAACUGGUAGGGUUGAUGAUGUCAUUAAUGUUAAAGGACACAGACUGGGAACUGCUGAGCUGGAGAGUGCUAUGAAUAGAGAUGGUCGUGUAGCCGAGACUGCUGUCAUUGGUUGUCCUCAUGAUGUAUACGGACAAGCCAUAUUAGCAUUUGUGAUACUUAAAGAUGGAGUCACUGAUGAUGAGGACUCCAUCAUUACUGGUCUCAAGGCAAUGGUGAAGACUGGGGUUGGGAGCUUUGCUGUACCUCACAAAUUCCUGAUAGUUCCUGGUUUACCUAAGACCAGAUCAGGAAAGAUAAUGAGACGUAUUUUAAGAAAAAUUGCAAAUAAUUUAUAUGAGGAGUUAGGAGAUGUAUCCACACUAGCCAAUCCACCAGUAGUUAAUGAUAUUAUGCAGAAAUGGUUGAAGGAAGCAGCAGCCACACAAUCAGAACAAACUGAACAAUAACCUACAGAUAUACUGCUGUAUACACUGAUCUACUGACUGGCUCUCUCUCUCUCUUUAGCUGUUAGCUAUUCUUUAUUAUUAUUUUUGAAUUCAUAAUUUAUGCUGACUAUUAUUAUUAUCACUGCUAUAGGUUUGGUUAUAAUUAAAUUAUUAUUAUUAUUAUUUUUAUAAGACAUUCGCUAAAUGUUUUGUCUUGAAAGCA